GUUUGGAUAGAUAUGGCUGCGAUUCCGUCUGGCGCAUCGUCAGCGGUGCUGAAACCGUCUGAUCCGGUUCCAGAGGACGCUGUUACCGUCCAGGGCCCAAAUUUCGACGAGCCUCUAACUCUAGAUGCUUUCUUGAGCUCGUACGAGCGUAUCGGCUUUCAAGCGAACCAUCUAGGAAGGGCUAUAAACGUGGUAAACAAGAUGAGGAAGUGGCGUCUGUCCGACGAGCCCAUCGCCGAAGACGAAGACGAAGAACUCCGCGAUCCCGCCGUCCGUUCGCAAAUAAAAUGUAACAUCUUCCUCGGCUACACCUCCAACCUCAUCUCCUCCGGCCUGCGCGAAGUCAUCCUCCAUCUCGCCAAACACAAACACGUCUCCUGCCUCGUCACCACCGCCGGCGGCAUCGAAGAAGACUUCAUAAAAUGUCUCGGGAAGACCUACCUCGCUGAUUUCCACCUCGAUGGCGCCGACCUGCGCAAGCGUGGGAUGAACAGGAUCGGGAAUCUGAUUGUGCCGAACGAUAAUUAUUGCAAGUUUGAGGAUUGGCUGAUGCCGAUACUGGAUACGAUGCUGGAGGAGCAGAAGGCGAGUGAGGGCAAGAUGGUGUGGAGUCCGAGUUCGUUCAUUAGGAGGUUAGGGAAGGAGAUCAACAAUGAGGAGUCUGUGUAUUAUUGGGCAUAUAAAAACGAUAUCCCUGUGUUCUGUCCCGCGCUGACUGAUGGGUCCAUCGGAGACAUGAUAUACUUCCAUUCAUUCAAGAACCCGGGAUUGGUGCUCGAUAUCGUACAGGAUAUACGGGCUCUGAACGAGCGAGCGCGUAUGUCGAAGAAGGCCGGUAUGAUCAUCCUUGGCGGAGGUGUCUGCAAGCACCAGAUAGCCAACGCCAUGCUCAUCCGCAAUGGUGCAGAUUACUCUGUCUACAUCAACACCGGUCAAGAAUUCGACGGAUCCGACUCUGGUGCUCGUCCAGACGAGGCCGUCUCCUGGGGAAAGAUUCGAGCCGGCUCAGAGUCUGUUAAAGUCUUCGCAGACGCCACACUCGUCUUCCCGAUGCUCGUCGCUGCCACAUUUGCGCAGGACGCUCCUGGUCGACGGUAGCCAUGUAGACUGAACGGACGGUUCCGCAGUGAAGAUAUUACUACUUGUUGUACAAUGGUUCAAAAACCCUCUGGGGUCAAAAAUGUAUCCACCACCGCUCUAGACUUACAACAACGAUAGAAUACCAUCAUGGUAUUCUUAAUCACUGGUUUGUUGUCCAAUAGAUCGCCACAUGUGGCGCAUGUCUUG